AGAAAAAUUAGCCGGCGUGGUGGCGCAUGCCUGUAAUCCCAGCUACUCGGGAGGCUGAGGCAGGAGAAUCGCUUGAACCCUGGAGGCAGAGGUUGCAAUGAGCCAAGAUCGCGCCACUGCACUCCAGCCUGGACGACAAGAGCAAGAUUCCGUCUCAAAAAAGAAAAAAAUAAUGAAAAUAAAAAGAAACUAACUGUGACUGAAGAACAACCCACAUCAAUGAAAACCAGUAGGGAAAGGAGACCUUCCCACUGCCCAGCUAAUCAUAGCCUGACCACCAGGCUGUGGUAACUGGAAACCAACGGCGUGGCAAGUGUAGGUCUGGGGCUCCGCGCAAGGAAGGACUGCAAGGAAGCCGCAGGUUAAAGUGGGUCAACCCGCAAAAUAGGCUGCCACUGCGCAGGCGCCUAUUGCGCCUACCAAGACACCUUUUAAACGUGCCCGGAAAUGACGCCUGUAAUGCUGAGACAGACUCCCAGAAGAUCUGAGCGAGUCGCGUAGCUGAGCCCGGCAGGGGCUGGGGUGGUGCUGCUGCUAUGAGCUGCACCAUCGAGAAGAUCCUGACAGACGCCAAGACGCUGCUGGAGAGGCUGCGGGAGCACGAUGCGGCCGCCGAGUCGCUGGUGGAUCAGUCGGCAGCGCUGCACCGGCGGGUAGCAGCUAUGCGGGAGGCGGGGACAGCGCUUCCGGACCAGUAUCAAGAGGAUGCAUCCGAUAUGAAGGACAUGUCCAAAUACAAACCUCACAUUCUGCUGUCCCAAGAGAACACACAGAUUAGAGACUUGCAACAGGAAAACAGAGAGCUGUGGAUUUCCUUGGAGGAACACCAGGAUGCUUUGGAACUCAUCAUGAGCAAAUAUCGGAAACAGAUGUUACAGUUAAUGGUUGCUAAAAAAGCGGUGGAUGCUGAACCAGUCCUGAAAGCUCACCAGUCUCACUCUGCAGAAAUUGAGAGUCAGAUUGACAGAAUCUGUGAAAUGGGAGAAGUGAUGAGGAAAGCAGUUCAGGUGGAUGAUGACCAGUUUUGUAAGAUUCAGGAAAAAUUAGCCCAAUUAGAGCUUGAAAAUAAGGAACUUCGAGAAUUAUUGUCCAUCAGCAGUGAGUCUCUUCAAGCCAGAAAGGAAAACUCAAUGGACACUGCUUCCCAAGCCAUCAAAUAACUGAACUCUGAAUGAUGGCUGGAGAUUGUCUAUCAAGGAAGGAAGUUACUGUCUUCCCAUUCAAGUACUGUCCAUUAAGUGUCUUGCCUCAGAUUUGAUUUAAUCUUAAUUAAAGGUAUCAGGUGGCAAUUUAGAAUUCCAGUCAA